AUGCCUAGCUCCAGCUCACAUCCCUUCAACCCCAGCGCUGAGCCCGGAAGGGCCACAACCAGCGCCCUUGCCUUUGCUCCUCCUCUCGACCACACAGCCUUCGCCGUGGUGCUAGAUGCCAAGGCUAAGGAGAGGGACGCCCGCAAGGAAGCAGCGAGGAAGCAGAAGAAGGAGGAGAAGGCAAGGCUCAAGGCAAAAACAGCGGCGGUCGAGUCUGACAACGCCUCCAUCUUCAGCUUCUCCAGCUUCGGCAGCACCACCGGUCUCUUUGGCAAGAAGUCCAAGGGCGAGUCUAGCAAAUGA